AUGCCUCCCAAAGAUCCAAGCAAAAACAAUUACGCCAUUCUCUACGGCAAGUCCGCCGCUGGCGCGCAGUGCAAAGCGGGAUCGAAGUGCUCAAACGAGACGUCGCCCGGGAAAAUCAUCCUCGGGCAACUGCGCUGGGACUCGAAGAGCGACAGAUUCUCCGCGUCGUAUCAUCUCGGGUGCGUGAGCGAACAAUCCGCCUUAAACUACCUCGAAAAAUGGCGUCUGGAGCACCCGGGAGAAGAAGACGCGGGCGCGGUGGAUGACUUUCCGGGUUUGAAAGAGUUGAAGGACGAGCACGUCGACGACGUCAAGGCGUGUCUGGAAAAUUUGCUUCUCGGCGACGGCGUCGACGCGGAACAACGCGAGUGGUUGGAGACGGUGAGCGGCGGCGACGUCGCCGCGGCGAAGAAAAAGGCACCGGCCAAGAAAAAACCGGCGCCGAAGAAGAAACCGGCGCCGAAGAAGAAAACUACCAAGGCGAAAGAGCCCGCGAAGAAGCGCAAGGCGCCGGCCAAGAAAUCGGCGCCGGCCAAGAAGAAACCCGCGGCCAAGAAGAAGAAGAAAGUCGAGGAAGAAGAAGCUGAAGACGACGAAGCCGAGGAAGAAGAAGAGAUCGAGGAAGAAGAAGCCGAAGCCGAGGACGCCGAGGACGCCGAGGAAGAAGAAGAUGAAGACGAAGAAGACGAAGAAGAGGCUGAAAUCGCCUCGCCGCCGGCGUAA